UCAAAAUUAAAUUGUAAAUUAAUUGUAUUUAACCAAUUAUAUUUAAAUAAAACAGGGUCGUUACUGUAUUGCAAAUAUUGUAACCUACAUCACCAAUUCAGCAUGUAAGAAUACGAUAUCCUGUAAUCAAAGGCGCACAUUAAACGAAGAGUGCGGAAGCGCACGCACGCACACACAACAUAUAGCUUAAGCAGACAUACUGUACACACACACGCGCGCGCUCAAGAGCAAACACGCUCCUUCACUUCUAAGCACACGGCAAAAAUGCCUGGAGAGCCGAAUUCACCAAAUCAUCAUCAACGUGCAAAUUGCCCUGAGGUUAAUUUCCUGACCAAGAGGACUGCAUGGCUCCAAGGACUCUUCACACGCGUCAUUAUAAUAAUUUAUUUCUCUUAUUUGAGACAUACUUUUGCACAUCCUCAGUGUUUAGACUACCAGCCACCUUUCAAGCCCCUUUACCACCUCGAGUUUUGCAGGCACUAUGAGAAAUUUGGUUGUUGUGACCAAAAAACGGACAACAAUAUUGCAACGAGAUACUGGGAUAUAAUGGACCUGAUUGGUGAAGAAGAGUAUGCAGUGUGCGGGGAUUUGGUAAAAGAUAUUAUGUGUCAGGAGUGUUCUCCUUACGCCGCACACUUGUUUGAUGCCGAAGACCCGUACACUCCAGUGCGCCACCUACCAGGACUGUGCUUCACUUACUGCUCAGACUUCCACAGUAAGUGCCAUUCUGUGGUAAAGUACCUAACCAACAGCCGGACCCUGCAGGAGACGUGUGAGAAAGACCGCUCUCAUUUCUGUAACCUCAUUAACCUUCCUGACCAGGACUACUGCUAUCCAAACGUCGUGAGGAACAAUGACUUGUACAGCAAUCUGGGCAAAGUGGUGGAGGACACCAAAGGCUGCCUGCAGCUGUGCUUGACGGAAGUGGCCAAUGGGCUGAGGAACCCCGUGCUGAUGGUCCACAGUGGAGAUGACACCCACCGCAUGUUCGUGGCAGAGCAGAUAGGCUUUGUAUGGGUGUAUCUGAGAGAUGGCAGCCGCUUGGAGCAGCCCUUCCUGGACAUCAGCGGGGAGGUGUUGACCACACCGUGGCUGGGAGAUGAGAGAGGUUUCCUGGGACUUGCCUUUCAUCCGAAGUACAGAAACAAUGGCCGCUUCUUCAUCUACUACUCCAUUCUGAUCAACGGCAAACUGGAGAAAGUUCGCAUAAGCGAGAUGAAGGUCUCAGCUCAUGACAUGAACAUGGCAGACCCCCACUCAGAGAGAGUUCUUCUUGAGAUUGAGGAGCCUGCAGCAAACCAUAAUGGUGGCCAGCUUCUGUUUGGUCUAGAUGGAUAUCUGUACAUCUUUACAGGAGACGGUGGAAAAGCAGGAGACCCUUUUGGGAAGUUUGGAAAUUCUCAAAACAGAUCUGCAUUGUUAGGAAAAGCGCUUCGGAUUGAUGUGGAUGGUAGCAGUAUAGAUGGAAAGCCCUAUAAGAUUCCUCCAGACAAUCCCUUUCUCGGAGAGCCUGAUGCAAAGCCAGAAGUCUAUGCCUAUGGUGUGAGGAAUAUGUGGCGCUGCUCAGUGGAUCGAGGUGAUCCGCUCACCCGUUACGGCAGAGGGAGAAUCUUCUGUGGCGACGUGGGUCAGAAUCGAUAUGAGGAGGUUGACAUCAUUGUGAAGGGAGGAAACUAUGGAUGGAGGGCCAAAGAAGGCUUUGAAUGCUUUGAUAUGAAACUGUGCCAGAACUCUUCUCUAGAUGACAUUCUUCCAAUAUUUGCCUAUGGACACCAUGUUGGGAAAUCUGUAACUGGAGGUUAUGUGUAUAGAGGAUGCGAAUCACCUAACCUCAAUGGUCUUUAUAUUUUUGGAGACUUUAUGAGUGGACGACUAAUGGCUCUGGAGGAGGAUAAGAAAACUGGGAGUUGGAAGGAAAAGAAUGUGUGCAUGGGUGACACUUCAACCUGCGCUUUUCCUGGGCUUAUAAAUCAUCACCACAAGUUCAUCAUCUCAUUCGCUGAGGAUGAAGCGGGGGAGCUUUAUUUUCUAGCAACCUCCUACCCAAGUGCAAUGUCCCCCUUUGGCACACUUUACAAAUUCGUGGAUCCAUCCAGGAGGGCACCUCCAGGAAAAUGCAAAUAUAAGCCACUUCCAGUAAAGGUCAGAGGGAAGAAAGUGCCAUUCACACCUAGAGAAUUGACUGUGCUUGGCAUAAGCGAAACACCUACAAGAUCACCACUGGAAAAGAUCAUACUACCCACUAAACCACCGGGCACGCGCCAGCCCGCAAUGGCCAAACCCUCCACAUCUGCACCGAAGAAAAAACUGCCAGGCCAAACCACCACAGCAAAACUGCGCCAAGACAAGUCAAAAAAGACAACACAAUCAAAGGAGAAGCAAAUAAAUGUGAGCACAAAAACACUUAAGAAACCUCCUCCUAACAAGAAGUCAAUGUUACAAACCAAGAAAGACAAAAAAGUCACAGGAAAGCCAUCUCACAAUCCCAAACUGCCCAUAAAAGGAGCCCCGGAAAGAAAGAAAGCCAAACCAUUCAAACCAACGAAACCAAAAGAGGUGAAAAAAUCGAAUGUCUGGCUACAAAAGGCUAAAAAAACUGGAAAACAGGUGAAGAAACCUGUGAAGAGCAAACCAAAGGCGACUGUUUCUAAGAAUCAAGACGGCAUCAACAAGACUAAAAAUAGCCCUCUUGCAAAAAAGAGAAAACUGUUUUAAUAAGCCAUGUGUGUGGUGUAGUAAUUAGAUGGUAGUAAUGUAGUGCAGUAAUGAGAAUUCAAAGAUAUCCUGUUCAGACAAUGUAUCAAUGAAACAGCAGCUCUGAGGUCAGUCAGAUGUGUGAUGUGAGAGACCAAAGAGAAAACCACAACAGUCUUGCGGCAACAGUUGAUUUCGUUUAGCAUGCAACACAUGCAGGAGCAUUCUUCAAAUGUUGAUUUUAUUUUUGGAAUGUGGUUAAGUAAUUAGUUAGGGCAAUGAUUUUUAUUUUAAAUCAAAACUAAAAUUAUAAGGAGAAAUUCUAAAUAAAAACACAAGAAUACUUUUGAAAGACUUUCUUAAACAUCAACUCUUUGAAAUUAAAAUACAUUGCAUUGUAAAAUGUGCUAAUUUUAUGAAAUACCUAAGAAAGUCCAAAAUGAACAUUUUUGAAAUGUAAAACCAAAGCGGCAUUGCUUUUCCUUUAAUAGACACGGACAGAAGGCAAACUUAUAUGUACCAUGCAUGAUACGUUUUUUCUUUUUUUGGUGCAAGUAAAAAUGGUUCAUUCAAUUAAGCGUUUUGGCUUGUUUACAGUAAAAUUCCUCUGAAUGCAGUUUCAAACCAAGUCUAUAUGAGGGUGUAAAUGAAGUAUUACUUACUCCACCCUUAGUGUUCACAAUACUAGGUCAUCUAGAAAAGUAAUAUCAAACUUACAGGAGGACCACUAUUGCUGAACAGGUUUAAAAAAAAAAGUGUCUUCCAUCAAAAUGGAAAUUAUUAAAAAUACAAAAUUUUUGCAAUGUGACUUUUAUUGAAUUAAACAUUUAAAUUAUGCAAGUUAGUCAUUAUGCACAUACUUGCAUAUUAUUGCAUAAGUAAUGCAAAUGUUACAACUUUUGAUGAUGUACACCUCAGCUUUUUCACAAAACAAAUUAAUUUCAAGUGUACAUUCUUUUUUUUUUUUAAAGAUAAAAUCACUAAUAAAGUUCCAAGUAAAAAAGAUUUUUAAAACAGCUGCAUUUUCUGCAGUGUUUAAUAAAAACUGGUCAAGAAAAAACAAUUUCUUAGCAAAUUUAAUCCCGGCAACAGAGUCAUCACUGUUAAGUAUGUCAAAAUCUCUAAGCAGAGCACAAUGUAGGUGAUCUACCAUAAUUUAACUGACAACAUCCUGCCAAAGCAAAGGCCAAUCCAUCAUUCAAGAUCCUAAAAACCUUCCAUUCCCUUCCACACACCUGGACUGAACUAUGCACAUUACAUAUUUGAAUAGCACUUCUAUCCACCUUAUUUUGCAAUGCAAGUAAAGCUAUUUUCUAUGAACGUGAAUUCAAUUUCUGUGAAUUUAACUGUACAUGUACAGCACUUAUGUAUUUGAGCUAGAAUUAGAAGUUUCUGUCUAUUAUGAGACAUUACAUUUACUAUAUAAGCAAAAUGUUGCUUUAUGAAUAUAGGCUUAUGAAUAUAGGUUAUGAAAACAAGUUAACUAUGCUGUUUUUUGGUUAGAAUGUUGGAAAUGCCUUUGUAUUUUAGGGGGCCCUUGCAAGGGU